UUUGAACCUGUUCUUGUUUCAGAUAACUGUCGCGUAUUGGUCUUUCAAGGACCUUUCCUCUUCAACAAACGUUUGGUGAACCACACCAUAGGAUAUAAAAUUGGAGUUGAUUUUGAAGACUGCGAGAUGCAUUGUUACUUUAAAAAUAAAUGCGUGAGUGUUAACUAUCAAGUAGACACAGAAACAUGUGAGUUAAACAACGCUACUCAUCUCAAGUAUGACGAGAAUUUCAUAGAGGAAAAUGGUUAUCUCUAUCAUGGAGCAGAUGUAAGUUUUUGUUUGAAUUCUUCUCAUUCUUUUAAUUCUGUAAUUCGACUUCUUCUUCUCCUUCUUUUUCCUCUUCUUCUUCUUCUUCUGCUUCUGCUUCUGCUUCUCCUUCUUCGUCUUCUUCUUCUUCUUCUGCUUCUUCUUCUGCUUCUUCUUCUUCUUCUGCUUCUGCUUCUACUUCUUCUUCUUUUUCUUCUUUAUCAUCAUUAUUAUCAUCAUCAUCAUCAUCUUCUUCUUCUUCUUCUAGCUUCUUCUUGGCUUGAAACUGUGAGUUCUUUCUAUUUCUUUAAUGUAAUUUUCAAGCCAGUUUUACUUAAGCAUGAAUUUUUCCGUGAUUUUUGCCUUAUUAAAACACUAUUUGUUAAGAAUGCCUGUGAUGAGAUCUAUUGCCACAAUGGCGGAACCUGUCAAUCUGGAUUUACCGUGAAGGGAUAUCGAUGUUUGUGUCCAUCUGGUUACACUGGAGAACGCUGCGAGAAAGGUAAGAAGUCGGCAACGCAUUAUAUUGUUCUUAUUUUCUUUAUGGUCCAAAUUUUGGGAAAUAAGUAAUUAGCCAAUACAGGAGCCAUUAUAAAAUAACUAAGAUAGUAUGCGCGCUCUGAUUGGCCGAGAGGCGUGUUUGCAUAAGAGUAUGUAAACAUGGUUGUGACGUCAAGAUGUUUUGCUUUCCGCGGGCUAAUCAUGCAAGCACGAAUUUGAAAAAGGUUUUGAGUUGAAAAACUCGACAAGUUUACCUUAUUUACUCAUUUCCUCGUCCGUGAUGGGCUCCUGUUUGCUCGGGCAAAGGGGUUUAAUUUUUCAGUCUCAUAUAAACGCACACUAAGGUUGACUCAGCUAGGAGGGGGACCCUUCUACUACCCGGGGAGAUUUUUUCGCCAUAUCUUAUCGAACCCGUUUCAGUAGAACCGAUUGGUCCUUUUUUCUUUCUUUCUCUGAGCUCUCUCUCUCCAUUUGUAAACUUGCCAUCAAUUGGCUCAUCAUAAUAUGCAGGGGCGGAUCUAGGGGGAGGGUGCAGGGGGUGCGCACCCCCCUCCCGCCCCCCGUGAGAUGACUUGCGCUUUUCUAAUACAACUGGUAUUCUGCAAUAAAAAAAACUAUGUGGUUUAUUGGUGUUGAAGUAGAGCAAGAGACGAGUGCACCCCCUCCUAAAAAAAAUCCUGGAUCCGCCCCUGAUAUGGUGCACCAAGACAAGACAAGCAAACAAGCAAUUAAAACAAACAAACAGGUCUCAUAACUUUUCUUUGAUUGUCGUGUUUUAGUACGUUUCUUGCGUCUCAUCGCGUCAGAUUUUCCUAGGAUUUUAGCUGGGAAUAGACGAUUUUCUUUAUCAUUUUUAGAUGUUGAUGAGUGCGUACAGGGGUCAGAUGAUUGCCUUCAAAGCCUCGCGUCAUGCUCAAACACUGAUGGCUCGUUUAAGUGUUCUUGUAACGACGGGUACACAGGUGACGGAAAGACAUACUGUCAUCCAACAGGUAAGGAUGAGUUCAUCUUCAAUACAAUGGAGCUGUAAAUGGAGAUCUGUUUGGAUUAGUUGAUUUCUAUCGACUUGGGCUAACCACCAGUGGUUCAGAAAUAAAUCAAACAAAUGGAAACAAAAGCGUUAUAGAUGCUAUUAUUUCUGGCGUAAAUUAAGUAAUGAGGAAAACCACCAUUGGAUUAUUGGGGGAAUGUGACGGUAUAGAGUAAAAUGAUCCUAUAUAUCCUGUUAAUAUUCAAUUUGAACAAUUCCUCAUUUUUAAUUGCCUUAAAUCCCCCGGAUAAUGCUUCACGAUCCGCCACUGUUGACCGAAUUUGAGAGAUAUUUUCAGAUAUCUGUAUAAUUGACGUCUUCUGUACAGAAUAUUGAUAGAAAAAAAGACAAAAAUGAACAACAGAGGGCGCGGUAGCCCAGCUGUUUUGGUAGAAACAGCCGAAACACUGCGCAAAAACAUAUGCAUAGCAAGAGUAGCACAAAUACCACUAUGAACGCUAUGAACUAUCCACUAGACUAAACAAACUUUCACAUUCUGAAUUUACUGAGGAACAGGCAAAAGAAGACGGUAAAAAUUGUACAUCUUCCGAGGUUACUUUUUUAAAUUCCCGGGGGGUAGCUAGGGGAGGUCCCGGUGUGCCCGUGAUCCCACCACUCCCCUUAGUGUGAAAACGUGAAUCCGAAGAAACAACAUGCAAUAAAUAUUUCCAGUGCUAGAUAGUUACAUACUCCAUUUGCAGGACCGAACAUCUGCAGUGGACCACGUUCUUGUCAUAACUAAAAUAGCCCAUUUUACAGCUACAUGUGGAAUAGAGGCUGGAGUUGACCUUGCUUUGAUACAACCCUUCCUGCCUUCUCAUGUAAAUCAUGUUGUUCUUAUGCUAAAUAGUAUUUUUGAGCGAAAACUACAUUAGAAAAGGAAGGAGUUUUGUAUCAAAACAAGGUCAACCUCAAUCUCACUUUCAGUCAAAGGCUAGUAUACUAUAAGCCCACAACUGUAAAAUGGUCUAUUAUGAAGGUCAGAGCAGUUAGGCAUCCACUGGUUUAUAUAGUCAACAUAUUCCAUAUCUUCUCGCCACGUGAAUACGAGGCCAUUGAUACUCCGAGUACGUAAUUCAUGUUACGUGGACCCGACCGUUUUGUAGGCUCGUCCCUCCCGCCACGGUCACUGCUCUCCGAAAAACAAAAUGUCACUUUUAUUAAAACAAGACGAGGAUGUCUACAUGCCAAUCUGGAAAGUACCCUGGGCUUGACACAGUGUGACACUCCCUUUGAACAACCUUGCGACGACCCUGAAGUCUGAAACAUUUUGAACUUGGCAGGAGACAUAAUCGGGGUGCCUCGAUCGGCUUCCGUAUAAUAUAUAGAAUUAGACAGAUAAUCUUGCAGGGUUUAUCGGUCUGGGCGGAUCACCCUUGUAACCACCAGGGAAUAGGUGAAUGUAAACUUCAACGUUUGAAGUGGGCUGACUUUGAUAAUAAUGAUGGUGACGGUGAUGAUAUAAGGCUAAUCUCAUUGAUAAUGAAAAUGAUGAUAUAUAUUUUCAAAAUUAAGACAAUUCAUGAUGUUAAUGACAAGGGCAGGAGGUAAAAAUAGUGAUGACGUUGUAGAUUGAACUGACUGCAUCGAUUUGCUAUUUUUUGGUAUAUCAACAAUAACUUUCCUUCUUUAAUUUGGAAAUAAAGUACCUCACUUGUGUCGUGGUAACAAAUAUGUCCUGCCUUCAAAAAUUUUUUAAGAUCUCUAUUCCUUAAAACUCCUCUCUCCACACCCCUUGUGGUAUACGGAACGGUGAAAUACGACCGCAACGACUGCGACGCAAGAGCGCUGCCAUUUCUAAAUCUGACUUAUUAACCAGAACCAGAAAAUUGCUUCAUAGAAAAAAAAAAUUGUCUCUCUUUUUAGAAUUUACUGCAACAUUCACUGGUGAUGAUCAAAUGGAAAUGUUUGCUGACGGUCAAAGCCUCGGAACGGACAGUAAUUGGAGAAACCCCACCACCUACCUUGUACCAGGACACACUCGAGUUCUGUCAGUAGCCGGGAAAGACUCCGGAGUCGCUCUCGGAAUACUCGGCUCCACUAGCAACGGACAGGUCACUAAUGAAACUUGGAAAUGCAGCAGCGUUCUGUAUCCCGGAUGGACUUCCCCUGCUUUUGAUGACCAGAACUGGCCUUUGGCAAAAGUGAUUGCAAACCAUGGUGACAGUCCUUGGGGUACACUAAAUGGCAUCGCAGUGACAGCGAAGUGGAUAUGGGAGAACACCAACAGCAACACUGCUUAUUGCAGACUAACACUACACUAA